AUGGCCACCCUCAUCGAACAACCCAUCAAAGCGCUGCAGAUCAUUCCUGGCGCCGCCUUGAACCCUGUGCUUCCAACAUCCGCUCUUGCAUAUCUUACGUACGGCCCGCCUCAUCUCGUCGCUCGCAUUGCGAACACAGAUGUCAUCAAGCGUUGGAUUGGCAUCUUGGGCCUGAAGACAGCCCUGAAGAUCUUGGCUGGUCUUGGGAUAGGCCGAGUCUUGAACCGAGUCCAGAAUCUGCGCGCAAUCAACAACGACAUACGUUUCGCAUAG